AUGCCAACGACGACGGAUCCCCCAGGCGAAAGCCGAGCGUGCGACGUCGCGCCUGUGGCCGAGUCGACGCGGGUGCUGCCGUGCCAUUCGAAGCGAGCUCAACGCCAACUCAGGAAGCAAGAAAAAAGAGCCCGACGACAACCAAAGCUCCAGAACCCCAGCGGAUUUCAGGAUCUGCCCUGUGAGCUCAUGAUGGAAAUCCUGGAGUUGCUCCGUCCUAGCGACAUCUUUGCCCUCUUGCGCGUGUGCAAAGCCCUUCGCAGCCUCAUCCUCGACAACGAGGCGCCGCUCAUGCGUGCCGUCACCAAUCUGCGCUAUUCCGUCCUCCAGCGGUGCUUCUUGCGGCCAGUUCCCUUGCAGGACGUCAGUCCAGCCCUGCGGCCCCUGCUGAGGUCCCCCCGCCGCCCAGACCUCCAACAUGGGCAUCGACCGCAACAUCAGCACAUCCCGCCCCCCGACCCGGCGAUCAGCUGCACCUGCCUGACCUGCGUCGGGCGCUGGUACUCGCUGUGCGCCGUAGUCGAUUUUGCCCACUGGCAAGACCACCUCGACAAGGGAACGCCGAUCCCCCAGAUUCCCCGUGGCACGUUUCCGGCGUGGAAUCAGGAGCUCAUGGCCGAAAACGCGAAAAUCGUCAACCGCUGCCUGACCCGCCCUCUCUGGUACGCCAGAGUUCUCGAGGCUCACCUUGACUCUACUGUAAGGUCCGUCCGCCGCCACAGCCAGAACAAGGCCGACAAGCGUGCCCAUUUCCGCCUGACUGAGGAGGACGUGCGGGCGGGCACCGAUGCUUUUCUAGAACGGCCGGGGGCGUCCGAGGUGGUUUACCCCUUCUCGCGCGACAACUAUUACAUGCUGGAGGCUUUUCUCCCCGGCCGCGCCUGGAUCGCCGAGCGGCAAGAGUGGGCUUACCUGUCUAACGGCCAGGCGUGGCACGAGGUCGAUCUUGCGAUGCUCGCGAAACUGAUGUUGCCGGGACGACGCAGCAAGGAGGAUCCGGUUCUGCCAGCCCCAUCCGCCCAGAAGGAUGGGAACUUAUCCCGGGACGACCUUUACCGGCACUACGGCAGUCAUAGUCGUUGGGAGAAGUACGACGUUCCUAAGUGUCCCGUCAUAGAGGUGACAGAGGUCUGGGUAGAGGAUGAUGACUUGUCGUCGCCAGCCCUGGUGGAAACCAAGACCAUCCCCUCGCUCGACAUCGACAACUGGCUGGAAGAGUCACCUUUCCGCUGUUUCCCCGGCGGCGCAUACAGUCGUGCCCUCCGCCUUGUCUGGGUGGGGCAGGAGGGCACCAUGAAGCGGACCAGCCCGUCGACCAAGGUGUUGGAACGCUUGGCGAAGGCCUGGAAGCUCGACGACGCUCUCGACUACGCGCGGAGCUGCUUCGCGGGAGUGUCAGCGACAGCACCGCGCGGCGAGACCCUCGUGUUCACGGUCGCCUACCACCCCAAACUAGUCGCUGCCUGGUCUCGGCCGGCGUUGGCCCCUGAGGAGCCAACGCCGGAAACCCAGGCCAUCGUCUUUGCCGAAGGCGAGGAGCGCGCGGAGCUUCGCCGCAUCCUCGGCUCCAAAUGGAGCGCUGCCACUGUGAGGCAUCCCAUGUUCCCUGCCCUGUUUUGCGGCCUGACGCUGGCCCACGGGCUCGACAACACACUCGAGGACAUCAAAGCGGCCGUGCGGGAGGUGGAGGCACGUACGGGACACCACCGCUUCACCUCACGGCACCAGACUCAACCUGCGGCCGGCGAGCUGGGCCAGCUCUCGGCCCAGAUGAGCGGGUGCGCGGCCAAGUUGGCCAACGGCACCCGCAAGAUGAAAGUCGUCGAAGCCAUCAACGACUUUAUUCAACAGCACGCGACCACCAGCCCAGCCGAACUCGGAGAGAACACGGCUUUCACCGCCGCGGAGCCCUUCUCGGCGUCCCACAUCGACCUGCUCCGGCACCGGGUGCAGAUGCAGGCCGUCGACACGGCGUAUGUGCAGCAGCGGGUGCAGAUCCAGAUCGCCGCGCUGUUCCACCUGAUCGCCCAGCAGGACAACGCUAUCGCGUUCGACGCAGCCAGGGCGACUCACAGCAUUGCCGCGUCCAGCCUCGAGGACUCGUCCUCCAUGAAGAUGCUCGCCCUGGUCGCCAUGUUCUUCCUGCCGGGCAGUUUCGUUGCUGCCCUGUUUUCCGCCCCCCUGUUCGCCUGGGACGAGGCGUCGGCUACAGGAGGUAUGGGCGUGGCCACGAAGCCCCAGUUCGCCCUCUUCUGGGCCGUCACGGCGCCGCUUACCGUCCUCGUGUUCGCCCUGUACGCCUUGUGGAUUUGCUUCCAGAAGAGACGGGAGCGGGGAAGCGCAAAAGAUCUUGACGCCAUCCCAAUCUAG